AUGAAGGAAGGAGAGGCUCGUCAGCUUGAAGAGCCCAGAAUUGUCGAUCGCCUCAAUAGAAACUCAGAUUUAAAAGAAAUAGAAGAAGAAAUAGUGGAAAUAAAGAGUAGGAAUAAUGGUGCAGAAAAGACUUUGGAAGAAUUAUUCGACGAACGCCAUCAAAAGGAAAAAAUUAUUGAAGAACUCGAGAAAGAGAUUGAUCAAGAAAAAGUAAAACACAAAGCUAUACUGGACCACAUGAACGCAUCAUUUAUUGCUGAAGAAUAUCGUUUAAAACAACAAGAAUUAUCAGAACUCCAUCAAAACAAAUAUGAAAUUGAUAAAGAACUUGCAAAUUCGGUGUUAAAACAGCAAGCAAUGAUUCUUCAUGAGCAACUGACGGAGAUUCAAUUGAAAAAGACAAAGAUUAUCGCUGAAAUCGAUGCCGAAGAGACACCUGAACAACAACGUGAACAACUGAUGAAAAUGAUCGUGCAAAUUACUGAAGAAAUUGCAGCGAUUCAAAAACAAGUUAAUACGGUAAAUGAAAAGAUUAAACAAAGUAGCGAAGAACUUCGAGAAUUUCAAACCGAAUUUGAGAAUUUGGCAGGCGAAAAAAAUGAAAAAUAUCAUGAGCUGAAAAUCAAAGAGGCUCAAAUUGAUGAAUUCUUAAACAGUUAUGAUGAUACGAAAUCUGAACUGAACGAACGAAUUGCAAAAUUAAGCGAAAACAUUGUAAAUCUUCUCGAAUUGAUAUCGAUAAAUUGUGAGGUGACUAAUAUCAAUUUAAAUAAUGCAACUGAUAUGAGUCAACUCGACAAUGAAUUAGCUUCAGCUUUUGAUCUUAAGAAUUUGCAUGUCUCUCUCCAAGAGGAACUGAUUUCACUGAACGAACUAGAAGUCAAAUUGCUUGGCGAAGCAGAAAAAACUGAACAAAGAAUAUGUGAGAUGAUGAAGCAGAUUGAGGAAAUUGAUGAUCCGAGAAAUCUUAAAGAAGAAAUCAAGCAAAGGUGUCAGUUAGUCGUGUUAAUUUUUGGUUGUUAUAAAAUUGUUCAAAAAAUGAUAAAUCAAGAAGUAAUUAUCAAAUUUCAAAUCAAUUUAUCAAAUUAUCAACUAAAAAAUGCACAAAAGAAAUGGCAAUAUGUCGAACAAAAUAAUUAUAUAAGUCGGGAAGCGAUCACAGCUCGGGAAAUCGAAACGAGCUAUCAGAACCUAAAAGCAGAGGCAAGUUAUUCCAGAUUUUUACAUUUUUCCCGUUCACUUAGCCUUUUUAUAGCACAGAAUUCGACUUCCAAAAUUUACCAUUAUUUUACAUCUGACUGA